CGUAUUUGGCUCCACCUCCUGUCCGUCACAGCUCAGGAGGUCCGCUUUUAAUUUGACAGGGUGGCCCUUUAAUUUUAAAACACCGCUAAGCAAAGGACACUCCAUCUUUCAGACUUGAAAAAAAUAAAAAGGAAAAAUAAAAAAUGGCCCCGCUGCAGGUCCGUCCGCAGCCUGACAGCAACCGCCGUCGUCCGCAAGUCGAAUAGUGCGACGGGCUCUUGCGGGCUCGCGCCCUUGCUAACGUUACGCAGCUGUCUGAAACCGAAGCUAGCCGGAGCUACCGAGCGUUAGCUGUAACGGCUCGCUUCGGGGCCGUUUGAUAUCGACGCGUGUUUUCCCCCCCCCCAACCCCCUCCUGCGGGGAAAGAGACUCCCAGAGCCGGGGGGAACCGGACCCGGGCGACGCAUCUCUCCUGUUGCCGCGAAAACACAUCACAAAAUGGACAAAGCAGAGGCGGACCGGCUGAUAGAGAAGGCGAAGCUGUGUUUACGGUCAGGACGGACAGACCGGGCGCUGCAGCUGCUGUACGAAGCCCAGAAUAUUCACCCGAGCACCCGGGCCAGAGUGCUGAUAGACGCCAUAUUGAGGAACGGAGGCACCGCUGCCCCGCAGGCCGACCACGUGCCUCCGCCGUCGGGCUGGGCGGACGAGGACUUCAGGAGCAAUGGAACGAGAAACGUAGUCGGCGAUGAAAAGAAGAGCUACACCGAGGAUCAACGGCAGGGUGUUCUCAGGAUAAAGAAUUGCAAGGACUUUUAUGAGAUUCUCGGUGUUACCAAAAAUGCCAGUGAUGAAGAUUUGAAGAAGGCGUACAGGAAGUUGGCCCUCAAGUUUCACCCCGACAAGAACUUCGCUCCGGGAGCCACGGAUGCGUUCAAAGCAAUAGGCAAUGCAUACGCGGUGCUGAGCAAUCCAGAGAAGAGGCAGCAGUAUGAUCAAUACGGAGAUCAAUCCGCAGCUUCGAGUGCGCCCCAACCCUCCGCCCACAGUCGCCAUGGAUACCACCGAAGCUUCCACAGAGACUUUGAGGCCGACAUCUCCCCCGAGGAGCUCUUCAAUAUUUUCUUCGGGGGAAGAUUUCCUACAGGAAACAUCCACGUGUACACCAACCAGGGAGCCUCCUACUCGCAGUUCUAUCAGCCUCGCCGUCGACGCGCUUUUGAGAGGCGCGAGGAGGUGGUGGAGGAGAACAACAACAACCAGAGUCAGAACACCUUCACCGCGCUGCUGCAGCUUCUCCCUGUGCUGAUGCUCAUCCUCAUAUCAGUGUUCACCCAGAUGAUGGCCACUAACCCGCCCUACAGCCUCUUCUAUAAGCCGGCCAUGGGGCUGGUGGUUUCCAGAGAAACGCAGCACAUGGGUGUACCGUACUAUGUGGAUAAAAGCUUUGAGAAGGAGUACCGAGGAGCUGCGCUGGAUGAACUAGAGAAAACCAUUGAGAGCGACUAUAUCGAACAUCUGCAGAACAGCUGCUGGAAAGAGAAACAGCAAAAAUCUGACUUGGCAAACCUGGGACAACUGUACCGAGACGAGCGGUUAAAGCAGAAGGCCGAGUCGAUGAGGCUGGACAACUGUGACAAGCUGCAUCGAUUGGUCGGGCGCCAGAGGGGCAAAUGAGAAGCGAUAUGAGAGGAGAACACGUUUCAGUACAGACUGUACAAUUAAUACAAUGUUAUCCAAAGUGUGCAAAUUUAUCCAAUCCAGGCCACUUUGUAAAAGGAAUCUCUUAAAGGUACAGUGCACACAGGGGGAGAUUAUGCCACAGGAAACAAUGUGCCUUCUCUCCUCUUCGAUGGGAGGAAAUGGAGUUGCAUGUGGGCCGGCGGCGGCGGCGGCAGCAACAAGUGCACACUCGCUGUGGCGGUGUGCACAAUGUCUCGGAGCCUUUAAACUUUCUUAUAGAAAUGGCAUGACGUAAGGGGUCUCCCUUUGGGGUUACGAAGGCAGUAGCAUGUUCACUCGCACACAUUUAAUCCGUUCCCUUACGUGUAUUUAUUUUCUUUCAUGCUUUUGUGUCCUUGCUGAAACGUUAGAUGUUAUUUAAUAGUUAAGGGAGGGACUGUUGCCCAAGCAAUCUUUUUUUUGUAUAGGAAAAAAAUACAAUGACUAAUGUAGUACUGUAGUCUUUGGACAGUUCUGUACUGUGAAAUAAGAGGAUCUUUUAUUCAUUUUUAAUCAAACAAUUUGUACUUUGAGACUAUAGCAAUAGGAGGCACGUGGCAGUAAAAUUUAACAAAUCGUGAGCUUGUUUUUCUGAUUGUAGACGGUUGCAGUCUCCAAUACGAGCCGUCUGCUGCUGUAGCAGCAUCGGCGUAUAUUUGGUCCGUCAGCUUCCACUCAGGAAGUUGUUCCGUACGUCAGCUGCGGGCUCACGUUUGAGGUUUGAGAGAAACGACUGUUGGCUAAGACGUUUUUUAAAGGCCGUCCACUGUUCCAGUGUAACCUUCUUUUCCCCAACUCCCGCAGAAGCUCGCCUCAUUUUGUUUUGUAUUAGAAUAUUAUUCGGCCCGAGUACCCUUUCAUUGAUACUGUUCUAUAAAGAAUAAUCAUUUUGUUCUCAUCCCCGACAGAAGUUUUUUUUUUUUUUAAACUUUUACUCAUCGGUUUUUGUCAUGUGUAGGAGGCUGACCUCGUGGGGGUGUCUUUGCACCGUCCACACAUUAUUCGGACCCUACAUAGACACCGAUUCUCGUCUCUGUGCACUCAGACUGCCAAACCGCCUUUGCUGUUCUCACACAGCAUUCAGGUUCAUCACAAGCACUUUUUAAGUUAACGUUCAAUCCUGUGUUCCCUAUUUUUCCUGUUGCAUGCAUCCUAGUGAAGGAGUGUUUUUCUUAGUCACUUAUUUUGUUUUUCAGCAAAAACCUCAUCUUCGAGACUACUGACACUAAAUGUUAAUGGACUAGAAUAUUCAGGUCUACACUGCAACUCAAAACAUGUAAACGCAAAGAAAUCCAGGUUUUUGGUAUCAAGCCGUGGUUGUCGUACCUCUGAGCAACAUUAAAGAAUAAACAGUUUUUAGCCAAAUUACACCUGUAAAUUAAAGAUGUAAUCUGAAUAUGUUCCGUCCUGUCUGAUUUGUUAGCGGUUUAACUGAAUGCUUUGUUUGGUCACAUGAAAAGAAUCAGGUGACACGUAUCCAUCUAUUAUUGUUCCACAACAUCGUCAUUAGAUGAAUAAACAUGAUCCUACCGA